AUGAUUGAGAUGAUCGAUGAAUAUUCCGCGAAUUUGGAGCAAAUUGUGGCAGAGAGAACAAGAGAACUGGAACAAGAUAUGGCCACAACUGAGAAUUUACUGUAUCAGCUACUGCCUAAAAGCAUCGCCGACUCAAUCCGAUCUGGCAAGAGUGUGGUGCCUGAGCAACACGGUUCAGUGACUCUUCUAGUGGUGGAUGUCUGUCAGUUUACUAAAUUUUGUGAAGCAUUUAUUCCGGUUCAUAUCCUGGAAACCCUGCAAGAACUCUAUUCCUCCUUCGACUACAUUGUGCAGAAGAACAAAGCAUUCAAAGUUGAAAAUGUGGGAGAUGCAUAUCUGAUUUGUAGUGGAAUACCUGAAAUGAGUGGACUGCGACACUUGAGAGAAGUCUGUCGCAUUUCGUUGAAGUUGCAGACGUUCAUGAAAACCUUCACAGUCCGUCAUCGACCAUCUCACGUAUUACAAAUCAAAAUGGGGAUAACGAGUGGAGCAGUGGCAGCUGGCAUAUUGGGGAGCAUUGCGCCGAGAUUCUGUAUAUUCGGAGAUACUGUAAAUAUGGCGUGCCGAAUGGCGAGUACUGGAUCACCUGGAAAAAUUCAAUUGAAUGAAUUGACUGCAAACACUUUGAUGGAGAAAUUCCCAUCGUUUAUUCUAGAGGAGAGAGGGAUGAUUGAUGUGAAGGGCAAAGGAACAUGUCUAACAUUCUGGUUAACCGGAGAGAAAGACACAAUGCGUCGGCAAUCUUCCCGUUCCAGUUGUAUCUCUCAGAUUAAGUUUGAACUCGAGGAUGCAUCGAAUAAGAAUUUUUUGAAGGUUUAA